CCUUCCCUCCUCCUUCGUCAAAAAAAUAAAAGAAUAACAGAGCAAGAGUCGACAUCAACCAAUUGGGCAAUGGUUUUCGAAUCAAAUUUUUGGCGCCUUUCACAAAACUCGUAUUUUUCCUACACAAAGCUCCUUUUACAUCUUUCCCAAACAAAAUCUUUAACCCCAGGUCUUCAAAUCCAAGCCCAUUUAACCAAACUUGGCUUAAAUGACAGCAAGCAUAGAAACCAUUUAAUUAAUUUACACUCGAACUGUGGUUAUUUUGACAAUGCACGUAAACUGCUCGACGAAAGUCCUGAACCAGAUUUAGUUUCUUGGUCAUCUUUAAUUUCUGGGUAUACCAAGAAUGGUUUUGGUAAAGAUGCUUUAAGGGCUUUUUUCAAAAUGCAUUCCUUGGGUCUUAAAUGUAAUGAGUUCACUUUUCCUAGUGUGCUUAAGGCGUGUUCAGUUGAAAAGGAGCUGUUUUUGGGUAAGCAGAUUCAUGGGGUUGUUGUGGUUACGGGAUUUGAUUGUGAUGUUUUCGUUGCGAAUACGUUGGUUGUUAUGUACGCUAAAUGUGGCGAGCUUGUGGAGUCUAGGAUGUUGUUUGAGGAAAUUCCGGAAAGGAAUGUUGUUUCUUGGAACGCGUUGUUUUCUUGUUAUACACAGAAUGAUUUUUUUAGUGAGGCAAUGUGUAUGUUUCGUGAUAUGAUUGGUAGAGGAGUUAGGCCUGAUGAAUAUAGUUUGUCGAAUAUAUUGAAUGCUUGUACUGGGUUAGGAGAUAUUGUUGAAGGAAAGAAAAUACAUGGGUAUUUGGUGAAGCUUGGUUAUGAUUAUGAUCCAUUCUCGUCUAAUGCACUUGUUGACAUGUAUGCAAAAGGGGGAGAUCUUAAGGAUGCUAUUAGAGCUUUUGGGGGAAUUGUGGUACCUGACAUUGUUUCAUGGAAUGCUAUUAUUGCUGGUUGCGUUCUUCAUCAAUGCCAAACCCAGGCUAUAGAUAUGUUGAAUCAGAUGAGAAGGUCAGGAAUUUGGCCAAACAUGUUCACUUUAUCAAGUGCUCUCAAGGCUUGUGCCGCACUAGAGCUCCCUGAGUUGGGUAAAGUGUUACACUCUCUUUUGAUAAAGAAAGAUAUCAUUUUGGAUUCAUUUGUGAGUGUUGGUCUUAUUGAUAUGUAUUGCAAGUGUGAUUUAACCAAGGAUGCGAGGUUGAUCUAUGAUCUGAUGCCCGGGAAGGACUUAAUUGCGUUGAAUGCUAUGAUCUCUGGUUACUCACAGAAUGAGGCAGACGGUGCAUGUCUAGACCUUUUUAGUCAGACAUUCACUCAAGGGAUUGGAUUUGAUCAGACAACCUUACUUGCCAUCCUCAACUCUGCUGCUGGCUUGCAGGCUGCCAAUGUCUGCAAACAAGUCCAUGCACUCUCUGUGAAGUCGGGAUUUUUGUGUGACACCUUUGUAAUAAACAGUCUUGUUGAUUCUUAUGGAAAAUGUAUCCAGCUGGAUGAUGCAGCUAGAAUUUUUGACGAGUGCCCUACUCCAGAUUUGCCAUCUUUUACCUCUCUUAUAACAGCUUAUGCUUUACUUGGUCAAGGUGAAGAAGCCAUGAAACUGUAUCUGAAGUUACAGGACAUGGAUCUCAAGCCAGACUCAUUUGUUUGCAGUUCUCUCCUAAAUGCAUGUGCAAAUCUAUCAGCAUACGAGCAGGGGAAACAAAUACAUGCUCAUGUUUUGAAGUUUGGGUUCACGACAGAUGUGUUUGCUGGUAAUUCUCUAGUUAAUAUGUAUGCCAAGUGUGGAAGUGUAGAGGAUGCUAGCUGUGCUUUCCAUGAGGUUCCGAAGAAAGGUAUCGUUUCAUGGUCGGCAAUGAUUGGAGGACUUGCCCAACACGGACAUGCGAAACAGGCGCUUCAUUUAUUUGAUGAGAUGUUGAAAGAUGGUGUAUCUCCAAAUCACAUUACACUAGUUAGUGUCCUUUAUGCAUGCAACCAUGCUGGCUUAGUUGCAGAAGCCAAGAAGUAUUUUGAAACAAUGAAAGACUCGUUUAGGAUUGAACCAACUCAAGAGCAUUAUGCAUGCAUGAUUGAUGUCCUAGGCAGAGCAGGAAAACUAGAUGACGCUAUUGAGCUAGUAAAUAAGAUGCCUUUUGAAGCUAAUGCAUCUGUCUGGGGUGCUCUUCUGGGUGCUGCAAGAAUCCACAAGAACGUAGAGGUAGGGAAACAUGCUGCUGAGAUGCUUUUUAAUCUUGAACCAGAGAAAUCUGGCACUCAUGUUCUCCUUGCAAAUAUUUAUGCAUCAGUUGGGUUGUGGGCAGAUGUUGCAAAAGUAAGAAGAUUCAUGAAGACCAGCAGAGUAAAAAAGGAACCUGGUAUGAGUUGGAUUGAAGUUAAAGAUAGUAUUUACACAUUUAUAGUUGGAGACAGAAGCCAUCAGCGAAGUGAUGAAAUAUAUGGCAAACUGGAGGAGUUGGGACAUCUAAUGGCUAAAGCUGGUUAUGUUCCUAUGAUAGAUAUUGAUCUCCAUGAUGUAGAGAGGAAACAAAAGGAGAUUCUUCUCUCCUAUCAUAGUGAGAAACUAGCUGUUGCAUUUGGGCUGAUUGCUACACCUCCUGGUGCUCCUAUUAGAGUGAAGAAGAACCUUCGGAUUUGUUUGGACUGCCAUACAACAUUUAAGUUCAUGUGUAAAAUCGUCUCUAGGGAGAUCAUUAUUAGAGAUAUUAACCGGUUUCACCAUUUCAAAGACGGAUUUUGUUCAUGUGGAGAUUACUGGUGACAUGUUUACCCUUAUGAUGUCCCUAUUUCCUAGUCGUAUGCAUUCAUUAAGGUUGCUGAAGGAAAUGCAGCUUUUGAAUAUGAGGGGCUGUUAUUGGCCAUUCUGCUGUUCAUAUCAAAGAACCUGGAAUCCUUGUCACAGAGGCAAUGGUACUUUAGGAGCAGACUCAUUGGCUGAAACGCGAGGUCUUUACUUACAGAAGCCAUUUGUAAGAAGCAAAUGAGAUUAUCCAAUGUUGCAAAGCUGAUGCAUUCCAGUGGUGAGAUCAUGGACUACGUAACUGUGGAUGCUUAUCAAGUUGGAGAGUUUCCUUUUUGGCUGCACCAAACCUGGACAACAAAUUAUCCAAAUCUAGUUUGCACUUAUCAUUCUCCUGCGCACAGUUGGACUAGCAACUAUUGCAUCCUUGGUAGUGAUUAUACUCACUGUGCUGUGGAAUACUCUGCUAGCAAAGAUCCAACAUAAAUUCCAAUCCAAGAUAAUGGUUGAACAAGAUGAUAGGUUUAAGGCUGUCUCAGAGGCUCUUGUAAUGGGAAGCUCAUUUAAGAAGGUCAUAGAAAGUUUGAGGCAAGUAGAAGAGAAAUGUUAUUCAGCUGUUUAAUUGAGUAACGGAUAUAAUUCCUUCCUUUAUGGAUCAUCACCUGUUUUGGGCUCUGCUGCAACAUUUGGGCCUUGUUAUUUCCUAGGUGUUCCACUGCAUGCAAGCAACAUUUUCACCUUUGUAGCAACUUUACGUCUGGUUCAGAGUCCAGUAGCAACAUUUUUGACCUUAUUGUUGUGGUGAUUUAAACCAAGGUUUCCGUUGCGAGAAUUGUCAAGUUCCUUGGGCCCCGGAACUGGAAAACGCAAAUACUAGGCAGAAGCCCAACUUUGAAUAUACAGAUCAUGCUAUACUUAUGAAAUCAGCUAAUCUCUGAUGGGAAGAGAAUCCAUCUUGACCUACACUGAGAAAUAUUAAUUUGGAGGUUAGACCCGGUCAGAAAAUUGCUAUAUGUGGAGAGGUGGGCUCAGGAAAGUCAACUCUUCUGGCAGCAAUUCUUGGAAAGAUUCCAAGUAUCCAAGGAACUGUUCAAGUUUAUGGAAGAAUUGCCUAUGUCGCUCAGUCAGCAUGGAUUCAGAUGGGGACAAUACAACAGAAUAUUUGUUUGGUUCUCCACUGGAUAGCCAGAGAUACAAGCAAACUUUGGUAAAGUGUUCACUGUUGAAAGACCUUGAAUUGCUACCUUAUAGUGAUCACACUGAAAUAGGUGAAAGAGGAGUUAAUCUUAGUGGUGGUCAAAAGCAACACAUUCAACUUGCUCGUGCACUGUGUCAGAAUGCUGAUAUAUAUCUCUUAGAUGAUCCAUUCAAUGCCGUAGAUGUACAUACUGCUAGUAGCCUACUCAAUGAAUACAUCAUGGAAGCUCUCUCAGGGAAAACUGUUUUUUCUUGUGACACACCGAGUUGAUUUUCUUCCUCCUUUUGAUAUGGUUCUGUUACUGUCAGAUGGGGAAAUUUUACAUGCAGCUCCAUAUCAUCAGUUAUUGGCCUCGACCAAAGAGUUUCAGGACUUGGUUGAUGCACACAAGGAGACCGCUGGUUCAGGAAAGAUUGCAGAAGUUACUUUAUUAAGGCGAGAAUCUCAUACAAGAGAACUUCGUAAGAAUGAUACUGGCAAAAAUUCUAUAGCCUCUGAAGGUGAUCCGUUGAUUAAGGAAGAAGAGAGAGAAGUCGGAGACACUGGAUUUAAGCCUUAUGUUCAAUAUCUAAAUCAGAACAAAAGGUAUCUCUUCUUUGCUAUGGCUGUACUCUCGCACAUAACAUUUGCGGUUGGUCAGGUAACACAGAACUUCUGGAUGGCUGCACAUGUUGAUAAUCCCCAUGUUAGCACUUUGAUACUGAUUGGAGUAAUUACGGUAGAAAGUUGCUCUGUUUCAGGGCUAAUGAACACUUCAAACGAAGUAUAUAAUUUGAAAAAUUACAUGGUGGACUUAAAGAUACGUCUUGUUAAUGUAGAGAAUGGAAAACCAUGGACUAUGUUGAUUGUUGCAUGACUCAUGUCGGAAGUGAUUCUGCUGAUUUAUUCAUCCUCUACUCACUAUGUUUCUUCUAUGAAGAGCUAUUCUGAAAAGCUAUGUUGCUCAAACCCUUCAAAGUCCUUGUGGCUAUUCUCACCCGUGUUGAUCCAACAUGAUAUUUGUGUGGGGUCCACAUUGGAUUUGAUCAACUUAGCUGGAGAUGCUUUGGGUAUAUCUACUACUCCAAAUGCCACUUGUAGAAAUAAUUAGCACUUCAUCAAAAAAGAAUUGGGUGGCUGCCAAGUACUAUGCUUCCAAAUGUGGAAUUGGGUUUUCAGUGCGAAGUAAAGCAUGCUGGAGAGUUCCCUUGGAAGUUGUUUGCAGCUCAAGAACAACAAGAGUUUCUUUGCGAUGUCGUGUAGUGUGUACAGCUAGUGGCUUAAAGGGAAGAGUAAAGCUUAUUCAAAGUAUUUUUGUUAUCGCUUUUUAUGUGUGUUAUGGAGAAACCAAGGAGCGCAUUUGCAAUAGCCUCUUAGUUGGCUUUUGAUUUUUGGAAUGUUCAUAUGAGGUAUGGUUUGGUAAAGUAUACAAGUGAUGAUUAUACAUGCACAAGCUUGGAAACUGGAUCCUCAUUGUUUGGGCCAAUUGGAUGCAGAAAACAAGAAACCAUUUGAUGCACUAAGCUUCUGUCCCAAUAGCUGCAGAUAUGUGCCAUUUCUCUGUGCUCAGCGUUGACUCGCCUUUCUGCCUAUAUCUUAUAUUGAAAUAGGGAAAAUCCUUUAUCGGCAAUUCGGCAUUACUCAACUUCACUUAUUUUGUUGGGUGCUGAUUACAAAAGUAUCAUGGUUGGACUGUGCACUAAAGCUCCUGCUAUGCGCAGAAUCCGGGGAAGGGCCCAACCACAAAGAUCUAUUGUACGCAACCUUACCUUGCAUUUUUGCGAGAGGCUGUUUUCAAGGCUUGAACCAGUGACCUUCCGGUCACAUGGCAGCAACUUUAUCAGUUUCUCUGAGGUUACUGCAUGGAAAAAUUGGCAACUUAAUAUUUGUACCUUCUGUCGUUGCUGACGCUUUAUUUUAACGAGACAAAGAAGUUUGACAUGUGGAUCUGUAUAACUUGGUUACUACGCUGUUGAUUCUUGUCACAGGUGCGUCAUCCUGUCAGUAUUGCUGACAUCUGGAAGAAAUUCUGCUUAUUUAAAUCAUCUUGUUUUAUCUAGUUGGAAAAGAUUUUGAUUCAAGAGUACAAUAAUAUUUGCUGAAUUUUAUCACGAUUGAUGAUAUGUUAGAUCAAGUAAAAUUUCCCAUGUAUUGUGUGAUUUAACUUAUCUGUUGCUUUGACUUGUUAUUUAGGACAUAUGCAUGUAGAAGAGGCCCUGAAAGUACCAUUGCAUACAUUUUUCAAUUCUUGUUCUUUCUAUCUGAUUAGGUUUAUGAAGUUUCUUGUAACAUGCGACCUUUCUGAAGUUCCCUGCUGUCAUUCCUAGGCGGGCCUGCUAGCGAGUUUCCACAUCUUCUCUCUCAUGUUAAGCAGUCAGUUGGUUAUAGAGUGAGUGUUGUAGAGUACGGAACAAUACAUGAUUAUUUUCUGCUUUGCAUCUACAAGGACUGUGAAAAUGAGCGUACUUUCUUUUUCAGAAAGAAAGCAGUAGGUGCACCAUUAUCAUUCACUAUUAGAUGGAGUGGAUCUACUUAAAGAAGUUGGGUGCCAACUCCCACAAUUUCCUAAAGUUUUUUUUUUUUUUAAACCACCCGGUGUACGAUACUCACUUUUUAGGAGUGCGAUUAUAUCUGAAUUCGCCCCGCAUCGGCCCCAUUUGGGGGAGAGCUCCCCACAAUUUCCUAAAGUUAUGAGAAUGAAAAAUAGCAACUGUUAUUUCCCCCCACUUUUUCACUUCAAAGCUAAUCAAUUAGAGUAAUUUGAUUUACAUAAUUUAAAAAAAGAAAAUAUUUUUACAUAAUACACUCAAUAGAUUUGUUGCAGAAAUAUUUUUGAAGCUUAAUAGGGUCUUUAAGCAUGUUAAUACAUCCAAAAAAAAUAAAAAAUCUUUAUCAUUACUUUAUCUCUCUUUCCUAUAUUUACUUCCUUUUUGUCUCUCAUUAAAUAAUUCUUU